AUGGGUUCUUUUUUCAGUCGACUAUAUGAUGUUUUUGUUCUAUUUGGAGAAGAAAAAUCUGCUCGCAUCCUAAUGCUUGGUCUUGAUACAGCUAGUAAAGCAACAAUUCUCUAUAAAAUAAAACUCGAUCAAAAUAUUCAAACAAUUCCUACAGUCGGUUUUAACGUCGAACAAGUUAAUCCAUGCCGUGGUGUGUCAUUUACUGUAUGGGAUGUGGGUGGCCAAGCAAAAAUGCGAAGUGUUUGGAGGUCUUACUAUCGAGGAACAGAAGGUCUCAUAUUCGUCGUUGAUAGCAAUGAUCUUGAAAGAAUAGAAAAAGCACGAGAAGAAUUUGAAGAUAUUCUUAAAUUUCCUGACAUAUCCAAUGUACCUAUUGCUGCCAUUGCUAAUAAAUAA